UGUUAGUGCAUGGCAAUGGCAUGGCAUGGCAUUGAUUCCACUCUCUCUUGUGCAACCUAACUUUCAACAGGACUUUUUUUUUUUUUUUGGCUCCCUCACUAGCUCCAAGAAGAAAGAACAAACCAAUUCUUCUUCCUCCUCUUUAUUCUUCCAUUUUUUGUUCACCUGGGAAAUCAACGAAGCCGAAGUGAAAAAAAAGAAGCAGCAGUCUUGAAGCCUUUUUUGUAGAUUCCCAUGGGUUGUUUUACCAUAAAAAUAUGAUCCUUUUGGUUUUGUCUUCUUUAUGCAAGCUUUUGUUCAGAAAAAUCCAAUCUUGAAGAUGGGGGUGUGCACUUCAAUACCGAAAGAUUCAGAUGCGUCGUCGAUGAGGUAUCGAUUGGGUUUAACUUCCAAGGCUAAGAGGCUCUUCCUCCCGUCGCCCGCAAAAGAGAAGGCUUUGGAUGGGGCGAAUCCAGUUCAUGGAUUCGGUUCGCAGACUCCCGAGUUCGGGAGCAAGAACAAGAUCUUCUUCGAUACACAAGCGUGGUUUGAUUCAGACUGCGACGAUGAUUUCUUCAGUGUGAAUGGAGAGUUCACUCCUUCGCGAGGCAGUACCCCGAUUCAUCCUUCGAGCACACCAUCAACUCCUAAACUGGACAACCAUUUUUUGUUCGACAAAUCUCCAUAUUCAAAAUCUGAUGAACCUUCUCCUACUGGUAGGAAGAAGCUCGCUGAGCUGCUACGUGAGACCUCGCAGAUCGAAAAACUCGAUUCCUCAAAUAUUACGGAAGUGAAAGAAGAUGCUAAUGAGAAAUCAGACAUCUAUAAAACAAGCCCCGCUCCGACACCAAACUCAUUGAACGCAACGUCGUAUCGCUCUGGAGCAAGCUCAGCUUGCAGCGCUGAGGUGACACCGAGUAGCGAUCGCACGAGCAGGAAGGACAAGGCAUGGAAAACUGGGCAUUGCUGCUUGCCGAGCCUGCAAAGUUUUGGCAUCGAUGAGAGGAGGCAAAAGAUGAGUCCCAGUCCCUGCGCUGCAUGAUUCCUCCAUUGCCAAGGCAUCAUCUUAUCAGUUACUAUGAACAUAGAUAAGAAUGAGUGUAAACUUUGGUCGAAUAAUCUCCAUUGAGGUGAGGAAGUGUAAUGAGACAUCGGCAAGGAGGAAGCUUUAUUUGAAUUCUGUGAUUGUACCUGUUUUUCUCACAUCCAGAGUAUAUAUAAUUAGCUCAGAACUCUGAGGAGCAUGAUGAAUA